GACAAAGAAGCUCAGGACAACAACGGCCCCCAUGACCAAGGUAUUUGGAAAUUACGCGCGCUAUCAUUGCACAACCAAAGGACCCAAUAAUAUAAUUUACUGUAUAAUUGCAACACUUUCAAGCCGGAUAUCCAGAAUGACGUUACACUUUUUUCCCAAAAUGGAUUCAAAUUUGGCACAUGAUUGACCAGAUCUUAUUCAAAUAAAACAUCCAGUCAAAGCGUGCACACUUUUUUUCGAGCCCUACAAGGGAGGCGUGGAGCUCUCACUUUUGACAUUCUCUCUCUGCGGUAGCUUCUCCUCAAGGCAGACUAGCGAACUCUUAUGACAUCACCCAGCCGCCGAAUGGGGGAGAAGGGAAGAGCUCUCUGCGGAUGAACGAGGUUUUGAUACAAGUGGACGUGUUUGGGCAUAUCAAUUGAAUUCGUGCAAGGGAAAAGUUUUAAAUGUUGACCAUAUCUUCAAAAAGAUUCAGUGGAAAUACUUUGCUUUAAAAACAGCGGAGUUACCUAAACUACUUCGCCAAAAGGUCACUGAAUAUCAACGAAUGUUAGAAGAGAAAUGUAAAACUAUUGCAGCGUAUGUUCCUGCGCAUUGUGUCUAGCCUUCUGUUUUCUGGAAUAGGGCGUAAAGGAAGCAGAGGAGAGACCGAUUUCUCAACCUGCUUUCUCGCCUAUGGACGACAGCGGUCCCCUCUCUCCAAAAGCAAAUGCUUUCAGUAUAGCCUCUCUGAUUUCAGCUGCGGAGCAAGCAGGAAACGCAAGAUUUGACAAACACCGCACUGGACUGGACAAGCAAAACCAGCACAACUGUUACACUUCGUUUAAAAUGCACUACAGCACUGUCACCAGAGAAAUGGAAGCAAUAUCCAGUCCGUGGCUGACGCAGCUGUCCCAUUUUUGCGAUGUUGCAGCCUUCACGACCAGCAGCCUAAGCAGCCUCAACGCACCGGGAAGUUACCAUCUCUCUCCGUCCCCCGGGGACCCCUACAGCCAACAUGAAACCCACUUUGAGCCAUGCCCGGCCGCUCAACACAGCUACAACUACUCGGGGUCGAACCCCGCACAGGCCCAGCAGAGCGACACCGGGUCUUCCAACUGUUCCUCGUCGUCCCCCAGUUCCACACCGAACAGCAAGUCUCUGGUGAAAAAGAACCCUAAGGUGGCCAACAUUAACGUUCAGUUGGAGAUGAAAGCUUUAUGGGAUGAAUUUAAUCACCUGGGAACGGAAAUGAUCGUUACUAAGGCUGGAAGGCGAAUGUUUCCAACAUUUCAAGUGAAAAUAUUUGGAAUGGAUCCUAUGGCAGACUACAUGCUGCUAAUGGAUUUCCUACCAGUCGACGACAAACGAUACAGGUAUGCUUUUCACAGCUCCUCGUGGCUGGUGGCGGGUAAAGCUGACCCUGCUACUCCCGGGAGAGUUCACUACCACCCGGACUCUCCCGCCAAGGGCGCACAGUGGAUGAAGCAGAUAGUCUCAUUCGAUAAACUAAAACUCACUAACAAUUUACUGGAUGACAAUGGACAUAUCAUUCUGAACUCAAUGCACAGAUACCAGCCGAGAUUCCACGUCGUCUACGUGGACCCACGCAAAGACAGUGAGAAGUAUGCCGAGGAGAAUUAUAAGACCUUUGUUUUUGAGGAAACACGGUUCACGGCGGUCACAGCGUACCAGAACCACAGGAUAACGCAGCUAAAAAUCGCCAGUAAUCCUUUCGCAAAGGGCUUCAGGGACUGUGAUCCGGAGGACUGGCCCAGGAAUCACAGGCCAGGCUCUCUGCCAAUUAUGAGUGCUUUUGCCAGAACAAGGAAUCCAAUGUCUUCUCCCCCACUUCAGAACGGCUCAGAGAAAGAGGACACUAGGCGGGACUACGACCGGGACCCCAAUGGCACGCCGAUACACGCUGACCCCGCCCACCAGCUGAUGUCACGUGUCCUCAGCCCUGCCCUCCCCGUCCAAGGAGGCCUCCACGCCGCCCCCCUCACCAGUGGCCGGCCAAGCCCUCCCCACGACCUGCGCAUCCCGGACGGCCACCCACUGGCCCAAGACACCCUGCACCACCACCCCUACAAGUACCCCACAUCCUACGAACACUACCUGGGGGCUAAGACCCGGCCGUCGCCCUACCCUUUACCCGGCAUCAGAGGACACACGUACCACCACCACAUGAACCCAGCCACAGCUAACAUGUACUCCACAACUAGUGCCCCUGCUAACUAUGACUACGGUCCCAGAUAAUGGCUGUAUAGCUGUAGCCGGCAGCCACGGCCCACACACCUGGGCUUCGGCUACUAGCUAGCUAGUGCUGUGGAAAAGGAAACACGCAGGGGUGGAGGGACAACAACACAACUCUGUCUUCAUGGCUGAUGCAACGUCAGGAGGUUGGGAGGUUGUGCGGCACACCCGGUUGCUGGAUACCCCAUUCCCUCAGAGAGACAAAAACUACCGUAUUUAUUUAAGGGAAACGUAUCUUGGCAGGAAGUACAGACUGGCCCUCUGAGACCGAGCAGGGGUCUUUCUUGACCUCUGAACUUUGACAGCAAUAGCUCUACAUGAGGGCACCUUUUUGCCUGCGUGGUAGAGCAGCGCAGACAGUGAGCCAGCUUACAGAGGAAACAGCUUACCAGGGCCUUCUCUUAAAACAUGGAUGACGCAUUAUAUUCGGACUGGAAUUGAUUCUUUUUUUUUGUGUUGGAUGCACUUUUUGUUAUUUUUGCUUUCAGAAAAGCCAUAUGUUAUAUAGUCAAUCAAGCUUCCAUAGAUAGACCAGACAUUUGCAUGUUGAGCUCAUUGGAUAGGUAGGUGUUGAAACACCUAAUUGUUUUUGAGAAGAAAAAAAUAUUUUUUUAACCAUCUUGAGAUGCCGCCCUGAGAAGCUUGCACCAUGGCACUGACUUGCAACAAUUCAAAGUCAAUAAAGAAGCAGAAUGACUGUU